AUGGAAGUUGCAAGUUUGUCCCAAAAUAUCGAAGAAUAUUUCGAUAAAAGAAACUGCCUGGUCAAUGAACUUAACUAUUACGAAAUUCUAGAAUUAGAUUCGAGAUGCACGAAGGAAGAUAUACGACGCUCAUACUACCACUUUGCACGAAUUUUCCACCCAGAUAAGUGUAACAAGGAGGAGUAUUUGUUUGUCCUAAACGAGCUCAAAGCAGCAUACGAUAUUUUAUCAGACGAAUAUAAAAGAAUUAUAUACGACAUUAAACAUGUAGCAAAUAAAAAAGAAGAACAAAGUUACGAAAUAAAAAAGGAAACACUAGAAAACGUUUACGAUUUAGUCCGACAAAAGCAUCUAACUUUUUUGCAAGAAAAAGCUUCCAUGUACCUAAAUAUUUUAUAUUAUCAGUACAAGAAUCAAGGAUUAAUAAUAAAAAAGGCAAUAUUUGGGAACCUGAAUUUAGCAAAACCAGAUAGUUUAAACCCACUGGAAACAAUAGAACUGAAACACUUGAAAGGACCGUUCAUAGAUGUAACUGUUCAACUACAACUUCUGGUACAAAAUGGAGUUCUGCACUUAUGUAAUAGCACAUCAUACGCAUUUUUACCAGGAUUCUAUAACCCAAUCCACUUUGUAAAUAAUAUUAAAUCAAAUUAA